CAGCAGUAGGCUCUUCAUUUCUCCGCAGUCAGAGUUCUGCUCACCUAACCCUGGUGUUGGUGUUUCCUCAGACCUGCAUUCACCACCACCUUCACAGCAUCCUGACAGCUCAGAAGCUGACAACCUGGGAAAUGCAGUUUCCAUGACGUCCAUUGAUUGUAAAGCCGUGCAUCAUUGGUCCAUUCAUUAGUGAGCGGAAAAAAGGAACUCAAAGUUGGAGGAAGGACACCCAAGCUUCCCUUUGAAUAAGUUCCCUAAAUCCAAAAGAUGUCAACAGAGACUGCCGACAAGGUAGAAGGAGGAACAAAAACCUCUAAAACGUCUAAGGAUCACAAAAAGCCAACACCGGAAGCGCUGAAAGGAGCCAUCCAACUGGGCAUUGGUUACGCUGUUGGAAACCAGAGCUCCAAACCUGACAGAGAUGUUCUCAUGCAGGACUUUUCAGUGGUAGAAACAGUCUUCUUGCCCAGUGAUGGUAGCAACCUGACUCCGGCACAUCACUUCCCAGAUUUCCGUCUGAAAACGUACGCCCCGCUGGCUUUUCGUUACUUCAGGGAGCUCUUUGGGAUCAAGCCAGACGACUAUCUGUACUCCAUCUGUAAAGAGCCGCUGAUAGAGCUCUCCAACCCCGGAGCCAGCAGUUCCUGGUUCUACCUCACCAGCGACGAUGAGUUCAUCAUCAAGACGGUGGAGCAUAAAGAGGCAGAGUUUCUGCAGAAGCUUCUUCCUGGUUACUACAUGAAUCUGAAUCAGAACCCGAGGACAUUGUUGCCCAAGUUCUACGGCCUUUACUGCAUCCAGUGCGGCGGCGUCACGGUGCGCGUGGUUGUGAUGAACAACGUUCUGCCACGAGCCAUGAAGAUGCACUUCAAGUACGACCUGAAGGGCUCCUCGUACAAACGCCGUGCUUCACGCAAGGAGCGUGUUAAGACCUCACCCACGUUCAAAGACCUGGACUUCCAGGAGAUGCACCAGGAUGGGCUGUACUUUGACCCAGAGACCUACAACGCCUUGAUGAAGACCCUGCAAAGAGACUGCCGCGUGCUUGAAAGCUUCAAGAUCAUGGACUACAGUCUGCUGCUGGGGAUUCACGUGUUGGAUAGAAAGCCGCUGAGCAGAGGAAACAGAUGUGACAGCAGGAGAGGACAGAAAGUGCUCUACUCCACUGCCCUCGAGUCCAUCCAGGGGAAUGUGAAGGACCCGGAACCUGUUGCAGAUGAUGACACACUGGGUGGAAUUCCUGCCAAACAUAAGGAUGAGAACCUGCUCAUCUUUUUAGGAAUCAUUGAUAUCCUUCAGUCAUACAGGUUCAUCAAGAAAGUGGAACAUUCCUGGAAGGCUCUUGUACACGACGGGGACACCGUAUCGGUCCACAGGCCCGGUUUUUAUGCAGAUAGGUUUUUAAAAUUCAUGGGCACGACUGUGUUUAGAAAGCUUCAUCCUUUAAGAGGAGCAUCUUCGAAGAGGAAGAAGAGUUCCCUCUAUGCAGGAAAGUCAGCUUCUCAGGAGUUUCUGUCCAUGCAGAGGGAGAAGAAGGAGGAGAAGAAGGCCCAAAGCAUGGAUAACCUGGAUGGAAACUUUUACAGUUCAUCCAAACAACCAGAUCUUCUUCCGAAAUCUGCUCUUACUGAGUCCCUCCAAAAUGAUGAAGAUGAAACUGAAAACAGUGUAGAUCGCCGGGACUCCAGUUCAACUUUAGCUAUGGAUGAUCCUCUGGCGUCCCUCAGCAGAAGCCAGUCAGACUCUGAGCUGGAUGUUUACUUGUGAUGAGGCACCUGUAUUUCCGUCUGACAACAUGGAGGUAUCGGGACGUCAUAACAGCACGAACUUUUAAAAGACUACAAGCAGCAGCAUGCUGGUUCUCAUCACUCUGUGCCUCUCUUGUCCGCAUCUUCUGUGUCACCAUCAAUGUGCCAAAUCACUGUAAACCCCAAUAUCAUACUAUUAAUAGAAGCUGUUAGAGUUUGUUUGUGUGGUUUGAGAACCACUGUGCUGACAAAAAAAAACACUAAAUUUGUAUAGCUCCUUCCUCUUUCAUUAUUGUCCACUUUGCUGGCAGUAAAUAUUUAAUUUUCACUUUGUUCUCUUUUGCUUCAUAUUUUUUGUUUUAAUGUAAAUUUGCAGUAUUUUAAGUGACUGGAUCCCUGAGGACAUAAAUUACCUCCCUGGAAUUCAUGUUCAGAGGUGAUUCUGCUUUAAGCUCUGGUAUCCCAAUGCAGAUUUGACUGCUGUGCAUUCCUACAUAAUGGAUUUCAAUGAGGGGUUGUGCUCUUCUACACUUCUAGUACUGUGCAAAGGUUUUGAAAGCACUACGUAAUACAGAUUAAACUUUCCCCGAACUUACUACCCUCUGUGCUAGUACUUACCAGUUUUUUUUCCAUCAGGUACCUAUUAGGUACUUUCCUGUAACCUUUCCCACAACUUACCAGGUACCUUCCUGACACAUAUAUGUACUUUUCUGUAACUUUUCCUGAAAUUACAAAAUGCUUUCUCUAACAUUACCAGAAAAUAGUGCUUUGAUGGGACUCACAUAGAACACACACAAUCAUACAGUGAAGGAGAUUGUAAAUUCCUUGAAAGUUUCAGGAAAAUCCCAGUGAAAGUAUGUGCUGUAUCAUGUAGUGCUAAUAACGUUUAGUGACUUGAGACUUUCUUUAUAUUUUCCUUACAAGUAGGUACAUUGUUUAUCGUCUUGAUCAAUAUCUCUCCAGGCUUUCUGAAGGUAUUUUAAAGUUUUCUAGUAUUCAUUUUAGUGCAGUGUGUGAUUAAAUUAAGCGGACGUCUCAAACUUACAAAGCCUAUCUCCAACAGAUGAACAGUUUCUGAAAGUUAUUUUUCAAGCAAAGAUCUAACACAAGACCUGAGAGACGUUUCAUCCAUACGUUGAUCUUCCAAGGCCUUCUAAACUAUCAUACAAGCUGCACAUUGAGGUAGUCAGAAGAACUUUUGUUCCAUGUUAUUUAUACAAAAAUAAAAUAAUUAUGGUAGAACUCAGAGGCACAGGUAAAAGAUUACCUGUUCCAAGCACAUGCAUCACUGCGUCAUCAGAAAGUUCUCAGAAGAGAACCAGCAGAUACUGAUGUUGCAUUUCCAUUAUCUCUAAAGUUAAAAGUUAGAUCUAGAACAGACAAAAACUCAGCUUCUCUGUGUUCUAGUUAUACUCAUUGACCAGGUUAACUAUUAAGUGCUAGCUAUUGAAAAUGUAUUUCUUUGCAUGUUGUGCUUUCAAACACAUAAUCACGGGUUUGUAAAUUACUGUUUGUUAAAGAUUUAGUGACAGACAAGAAUGAGAAUGUUUUUUUUCUGCCUCUGUGACAUAACAGAACAAACUCAAAAAGUACAUGACUUGUAGUAGCACUGUUAGUAUUGGGCUUCUUGGAAAUCUCAGUUUUUACUGAGAUGGUACUUGGUAUAAAAAAGAUUGAGAAGCACUGAUCUACAUUAUGUCAGGUUUUCUGAUUGUCUCAUUGCUCAUAAGUAAAAAAAAAUAGGAACAUAUCGUGUCUCCAAGAUACUUUGCUGGUAUCUCAAAGUAAUUUGUCCAAAAAAGUCCUCUAAACUUGGACUGACAAUGAAAGAAAGAGCAGCCAGUCCAAAGAAAAUAGUACAAAAAGAAAAAUCAGGACCACUUAAAAAGAAUCAGUCUAGGAAUAACUAAUUUUGUACAGUAUUAUACCUUAGCGUUAUUUUGUUCUCUAUUUAGAAAUAAUUUGUCAGCAUAUUGGCAUGAUGGAUGUUAGCAAGUUAAACUUAAAUCACACACUGCAUACCAAGGUUUUAGCUAAUAUGUCUUAGUUGGAGUUAGAUUCUUAUUUUCUGUGUUGGUAUAUUUUCCAACGGUCCAGCUAAAUAAAUUAGAAGACAGGGUUUGUUUGUGAUAGGCCAUAGUAAAUAAGAGAUUCAAGUGAUUUAAGUCAAAAGACCUUUAUAAAGCCUAAUAAUAAUAGUAAUAAUAAUAGGGACAACUUGAAAACAUUACACCCAAGCUGCUUGGAAGCUAAAUAUAAAAAUUCAGGGAUGAAUUAACUGAUACAGCAUGUUAGUUUUCUUUUGUUCUCUGUUUAGAAAUAAUUUGGAAACGUUAGCCUAUUAGCAUGCAAAACGUUAGCAUAUUAAACUAAGUUUGGAUGAGUUAUUGUAGUUACUGUGUAAGCCUGAUAGCUUUUUUUCACAGCUGUAUUUUUGACUUUAACUAAUUGGUACAUGUCUGCAUAUUAACACACUUAUAUGUGAGGAAAUUGCUUUGAUGUUAACAGGUGAACAUUAGUAUGUUAGCAUGGCAUGCUAACACGUUAGCUUCAAACGCUAUAGGUCUUAGUUUAGCUGCACAGAGCACUUCACUUGCUUCUUUUUAUACAGAAUAAUAUUUUACAUUUCUGUUGACAAUAUGGUAUAAAUGUUAGUUUCUAUUUUCUGUAAAAUGUUUUUUUUUGUAGUUGCAUGGUGGCACUGUUGGUGGCACCGUUGCCUUGUAGCAAGAAGGUCCUGUGUUUGACUCCCGGCCUGGGUCUUUCUGCAUGUUCUACCUGUGCAUGUCUGGGUUCUCUCUGGGUACUCCGGCUUCCUCCUACAGUCCAAAAACAUGACUGUUAGGUUAAUUGGUCACUCUAAAUUGCCCUUAGGUGUGAAUGAGUGAGUGCAUGGUUGUUUGUCAUGUGUGUUGCCCUGCGAUGGACUGACGACCUGUCCAGAGUUUACCCUGUCUCUCACCUUGUACAAACUGUGCCAUUAAGACAGAGCACCUCAGCCUUUAACUUUGUUUUUAAAUAUUAAACUGUUGUCAGACUGUGUUGUCAUAGUAACAAAUUGCAGGUACAGUGCCUUGUAAAAGUAUUCACACCCUCUUGGCAUUUUUUAUGUUUUUUGUCUCAGAACCUGGAAUUUAAAUUAAUAGUUUGAGAGUUUGCACCAUUUCAUUUACAGAACAUGCCUACAGAUUUGGAGAUAUAUUUUUUUAUUGUGAAGCAAACAACAAAACAGACAAAAAAAAAUAGAAAACUUCAGCGAGCAUAACUGUUCACCACCCCUUAACAUCAGUACUUUGUAGAGCCACCUUCUGUAGCAAUUACUGCUGCAAAUGCUGCUUUGGAUGAGUCUCAUUGAGCUCGCCACAUCUCGCCACGGAUUUUUGUCCAUUACCCAAGACUAAACUGCUCCAGCUCCUCCAUGUUGGAUGGUUUUCACUUGUGAAGAGUGAUCUUCACAGAUUCACAAUUGAAUUGAAAUUUGGACUUUGACUAGACCAUUCCAACAAGUUUAAAUGUUUUCCCUUAAACUACUUGAGAGUUGCUUUAGCAUUGUGCUUUGGGUCAUUGUCCUGCUGGAAGAAGAACCUCCAUCCCAUUUUGUUUGGUGGCUGAAAAGUCAAAUUUUAGUCUCAUCUGACCAGAGCACCUUCUGCCAUACAUCUGGGGAGUUGCCCACAUGCCCUUUGGCAACUCAAAACAUGCCUUCUUAUUUUUAACACUAAGUAAUGACUUUUUCUGGCCACUCUUCCAUAAAGCCCAGCUCUAUGGAAUGUAUGGCUUAUUGUGGUCCUAUGUACAGACACUCCAGUCUCUGCUGUGGAACCCUCCAGCUCCUCCAGGGUUUCCUGUUUUCUCUGUGCUGCCUCUCUGAUUAAUGCCAUCCUUGCCCAGUCUGUGUGUUCUGGUGGGUGGACCCCUCCCUGACUUGUACUUCUCAACAACUUUGUCCCUGACUUGUUUGGAGAGUUCCUUGGUCUUAAUGGUGUGAUGCCUCUUGCUUACUGGUGCUGCAGCCUCUGGAGCCUUUCAGAAAAGUUGUGUUUAUACUGACAGGUUAUGUGACACUUAGCUUACACACAGGUAGACUUAAUGUCACUAAUUAUGUGACUUUUGAAGGUAAAUGGUUGUGCCAGGUUCUUUGUUUUAUAUAAAUUCUCUAAUUUCACUUCACCCACUUAGACUAUUGUCUGCACAUCCAUCACAUAUAAUUACAAAACAAAACAGAUAAAAAGCCAAGGGGAUGAAUAAUUUUGCAAGGUACUGUACACUCUUGUUUUAUCCACAGGAUGUAAUAAAUGACAAUAGGUCUGGACUUUGUCUUUUUGUGAUUGUUUAAAAGACUUUCAACAUAUUCUGAAUUUAAGUAAAAAUGGAUAGGUCUUUGCCCUGCUUUAGUCCACAUAUUGUGUUUAAACCAAAUGUUUUCUUCAUGUGGACUUUAAGCCUACAAUUGUUCAUGUCUGGAGGAUAAAUUAAUAUUUAAAGCCAU